AUGUCGGGCAGUGUCCAGGGUUCUGAUAUCCGGGACCGCGAUCCAGCCCCAUUUGGGCGACAGUCAUCGGCACCCACUCCCUCCUAUGAUUCCCACUCCACGCCCUCUGCACCUCCUUUGAAUGCCACGUCCUUUCCUUCACGAUCAGGCAUCGAUCCACAGACUCGGUCCGUUUCCACAAAUCAUCUUUCUUUGCGCGGGCGAGAAUCCCCCGAUCCCGGCGACUAUUAUCGCCAGCGUGGGUUUGGGACCGCCGAUGUGAGGCAUUCUGGUGAAGGCGAUGGGACAAUGGGCAUGGAUGCCACUGGCUACCCGAAAAUGAAAGAUCGAGUGUCCCCGCUGCCAGCAGAUAUGUCUGGCAGUCGGCGUCCAGCCCCUCGUUCCACGGAUUCGCCCGCACUCGGAGAUCUGUCUGGGUCUUCUUUCCCUAGGUCCCGGCAAACCUCUUUCAAAGACCUUGUCAAGCGAUUUGACAAUCCCUCCGAUCCAGUUCUUCCCUUGCCUUCUCGGUCAGCAUCCCGAGCCGCAAGUCCUGCCGGCAGCGUUGACGGUGCAGAGCGACCCCGUGUUCUUUCCCGGCGACGCAACGGGCGUGAUUCUUCACCAUCGUCACCCGAGACGGAAAGGCUAGUCCCUGCGCUUUUGAGCUCGACUGCUCCGCCGCCUCUUUUUCAGCGAAUACCAGAUUCACAACCUCGCCGCCCGCUGUUUGGGGAACUGUUGUCGGUUAACACAGAAGUAAACAAUUCAGGGCACGAGUUCUCAUCGCCCCUUCGCCGCCGAGGGUCCGAGGGAAGCAUUCCAAGCCCGAACUCGACAUUCGAUCAGGCCAACCCAUCAUCGGCCCGAUCUCCGUUGACGCCGACGGCCUGGUACCUCGGACAUACGGCCUCUUUAGAGGCAGUUCAAUCAGGAACACAAAAUACCCACCGCAGGAUCCACAGUGACGCGGAGGACGGUUCCUCUUAUAAAACCUCCCUUGCAGAACCUUGGAAUUCCCAAAUGGCCGUACCGGCGCCCUUGCAGACCAAGGGCGAUGGGUCCCCCGGCACGAAUUCCAGAUCCCGCAUUCCAGUCUCUGCGUACCGCCGCACUACUGCUUCCGGCGCCGAGAGCCCCUCCAACCCGACCUUCAGUAGUCGAUCUGCCGCUUUAUCGCCCAAAGGCCAUGCCAGUCGUCUUCCCAAACCGUCCCCCAAACCGUCUCCCGUUUCGUCUCCGAAGGAUAGCCCACCCCACCACAUGACGGACGAUGCCCCGAUAACGGUGCGUGCCAGGCGGGAGUCGGCCAAUGGCCGUACCGGCAAUCCUGUUUCCGAACGAAGUCGGCUCCUUCAGGCCUACAUUGCUGCGCCGCCGCCCAAGAAGUCACCUCCCCUGCGCAGCUCACGACCCCGACAAUCUGUUUCACAUGGCACCCCAACAUCGCCGCGCUCGAAAGUGGGAGACCGAAUAUCGUCUUUUCAGAAACAAGACGACCGCAAGAUCGAGGCACGCAGUCCUCGUGAACGCCGAAUCCCCGAAUUGGGCAAUGUAGAUUUCGAGACCCGCCGGCGACUCAUCCAGCAAGCAUUCAACCGGACCGUUCAGGAGAAUGAGAGAAAGGAGGAAGAAGCAGCAGAGCUUCGGCGUCGGGCCCGACGAGACGAGGAGGGCGAAGACACUCAACCUCCCGCAGAUGACCGAUCCAGCACUCCCAGCACGCCGGUAACUAGACCCCCGGUACCUGAAAAGAUGGCGAUUCCGGCGAGAGAGCUGGUCAGCAUCACCAGUCCUCUGGAGAAGGAGCUUCCUGCUCUUCCCCAGCUUCACCUCAACACUUCUCUCCCUGUGUCGACAAAAGAUACGCCACACACCGCAAUGGACUCCCCGACGCUAGGAAUACCAUCCGCGGGAAGUCAACAGCAGCCAGGUGUGCCAGUUGGAACAUCUUCCGCCACUGAUGCCGUGCCCAGUUCGGCCGUCACCGCACAGUCUAAUGACACCCACGUCACGACAUUUGACCCGGAGCCGCAGUCCGGAUUACUUCAACGAAACCCUAGCACAUCUAAUCGAACCUUACUGAGCCAUAUAAUGCAAAUACGUGGAUCCAGCCCCGAAAGCUCCUCAUGCGACGAACCAGACUGCAGUCUUUCGGAAAACGAUGACAAGGAAUCUGUUCAAAUUAUGCUGCGCGAGACAACCUAUUUCGAUUCUUCUAGCAGCACUGACACUCAAGAACCUCAUCCGGCCCAAAUACCACAGGUUCACGUCGCCGAUCCCGUUCAAAACAGAUGGAGCAUGAGUUCAUGGUCUUCCUCGUUACGCAACCAACAUUCCACUUUCGAUGAUCGGUGUGAAGAGAGCAGCGAUGAAAUUAUCCUACAAAAGUCACUGGCAGAGCCAGAAACGGAGCCGGCGAUUCAAUCUUGCUCGGCUGCUUCAACGAGACCACCCUCUGUGGUAGAUGAUGAGGCAUCUUCAACCCCACUUCAGGAUUAUGGUGUGACGGGACCCGACACUCUCGAGGUACCCGAGCAGUCAGAAAGAAACUCAUUUUCGACUCCUCCAAGCUUGGCCAGACAGGGCAGAUGGGAUUCGAGGCGUGUUACUCAGCUUUAUCUUGAAGAGCUAACUCGGGGAGGCAGAGGUCAUAGCCUCCCUUUCCCAGCAGUUCGUGUCUCGCCUGAGCCUUCGGUCGACACCGGUUCCCGUACAGAUGGACGGACUGAUAGUCUGACGGACGACCCUGUUGUCGUUCCUCGAUUCCAAGAUUUUCCGGUCACGGAUCGCCUCUCCCACACUGCGAGCUUGGUCGGGCGAGACGAUUGGGAACAUGCUUCUCCGUCCAUCAUGGACUGGAUGCAAAUUGCAGCUGACGAUGAUGCUGCCAGUCCGGCUGCCGAUAAGACUGGCCGUGCCCCGGACGGUGUGCCCACGCCACGCCUCAUGACCUCUGCGGCCGAUUUAAACACAUCUUACCAGCCGGACACCGGCCUCGGGUUAUCUAUCAACAUUCAAGACCCGCGUGAGCUACCAACGAUCCCUCCAUCACAGUCGCCCUCGCAGUUCAGGAUUGACGAUAAAACGCCCACGGGAGACGUCCCCCCUCACAACGGCAUUCUUUCUGCAUUGGGAGGUGCGACUCAUAGCACGGGUAGUAGUGAAGACUCAUCUUUCCGACGCCUUGAACCCAGCCAGUCUCCUCAAGCCGCAGACUCAUCCGCCACAUCCUUGGCUCCGUCUACUGAGCAGCUGGCGCGCAUGCAAUCGAAGAAGUCGCCUUCUCCAGAACAGCGUCGUCUCAAGAAACGACGUCACAUCAUCAAGGAGCUCGUUGAUACCGAGUACUCGUUUGGUCGCGACAUGAAAGUUGUCGACGACAUUUACAAAGGCACUUCAAGUUCUUGUCUCGAUCUCUCGGCGGACGAUGUCAAAAUUCUCUUUGCCAAUUCAGACCUAGUUGUGCAGUUUUCCAUGGCGUUUCAGGAUGCUCUCAAACAGGCCGCUAGAAGCAUCUACGUGAUGCCCAAGUCCCAGCGAUGGAACAGCAAGCGCAGUACUCGCAACAACCGGCCCCGCUCCUCUGGUGCUGAUGAACAGUCUCCCGGGGAUGUGGGAAAGUCGGAUUUAGAAAAAGAUCGGUUGACCUCGAUCGGUCUGGCAUUCAUGAACCACAUGGCCCAGAUGGAGAAGGUCUAUACCGAUUACUUGAGGAACCACGAUGCUGCCAACAAGAAGCUCCAAGUCCUGCAACGCAACCCGAAGGUUGCUAUCUGGCUGAAAGAAUGUCGGGAAUGGGCAGCAGAUCUGACGAGUGCCUGGGAUUUGGACUCGUUGCUGGUCAAACCCGUGCAGCGAAUUCUGAAGUAUCCGCUUCUUCUCUCUGAGCUGCUCGAGUCCACGCCAAAUGACCAUCCGGACCGCUUGGCUCUAUCUAAUGCUCUUCAAGAAGUCACGAACAUUUCUAUUCGUAUCAAUGAAAUGAAGAAACGAGUAGACCUUGUCGGGCAGGUUGUUGGUCGAAAGCGCAAGGAGUCCGAUGUGCGCACGGGUUUGUCGAAGGCCUUCGGUCGUCGCACAGAGAAAUUGCGGCAGCAGGUUGGCCUCUCAGAUAUGUUUGAGGACAAGAUCUAUGACGCAUUGUCACAAAAGUUCGGCGACGGGUAUUUCCAGUUGCAGGUGGUCAUGCGUGACGUUGAGAUGUAUACGCAGGAGACGCAGGCCUCCAUUGACCGAUUGAACGAGUUUGUUGCCGCCAUUGAAGGAGUCAUCGAUGUGACCCAGUCCAACUAUUCCGAGUUGGAGAGUAAGUGGCGCCGAUUCAAGAUGACGAUCCGCGAGAUCCUCACAGCAGCCCUACCGGAACAUCUUGAUGUGGUUCGCCAAAGUGUCAUCAAUCCCAUGGUUAACUUGCUCAAGCUUCACGAGGGUCCACAACGCGUGAUGAAGAAACGCGACAAGCGCCUCCUGGACUAUGCGCGUUAUAAAGCCGUCAAGGACCGCGGCGACAAACCUGACAAGAAAACCACCGAACAGGGCGAGCAGUUCAUGGCUUUGAAUGAAGCUCUCAAGGACGAAUUGCCCAGAUUCUAUGGGCUGACGGCCAAGCUGAUGGAAGCGUGUCUCAAGAAUUUCGUUGAAGUUCAAACAACGUGGUACGGCGUGCUCCAGAAAAAGAUCGGGACUCAUGUGGAAACUUUCCCCAAUGAUCUCCAGAAGGUGAUCAGCGACUGGAACAGCGACUACGCGUUCUCCGAUGCACAGGUACUUUCUUUGGGUGUCUGUAACGGAGCCUUGCUGGCCGACACGGUCAACCUGGUCAAUUUCAACACGCCCUCUACUGGGACGAAUGUGAAUUCUCCCCGCCGUCCGUCUACCGUGAACAGCUCCAAUGCACGUCCGGGGUCCAUGGUGGAUGAGUCGCCCAAGAAUUCUCAUGAUUUCAGUGUCGGGAGCCAGCCCUUCCAGUCCCCCCAGGUAGAUGGCCAGUCAACUCAAGACCGCCGUCGGGCUGAGUCUUCGUACUCGGGUCAUGCUCCUCCUGAUACCCCGGAACUGCCCCGGAGCCAGUUAUUACAGCAAGUCACCAACACGUCCAGUUCAACUUCCCAGGCCACAAAGCCAGCGGACGAAGCGCCUUUCCCAAGAUUACCGCACUUGAGCUUGGACACACCUUUUCUGGCGGACCUGAUCGCCGGUUCGUCUAGUGAUACGAACCCGCCCGCCUCCCCAGCUGGCCGGUACUCGGGCUUCUUCUCCUCUGCCAUGCCUAUGCCGGACACGCCCACCACCGAGUCCGACGCUGCUCCCACCGACAGCAGACCGGCCAAAGCCCCAAAUGUGUUGUUCUUGGCCGCCAGCAUCUACGAGUUCAAUAUCGACCGUGCCAGACGUGAAGCUGGAUACCCCUACCUGACCUAUGUGGCGGGCGAGAUCUUCGAUGUCAUUGGGGAGAAGGGCGAGCUGUGGCUUGCCCGCAACCAGGACGAUUCCACCAGCCAGGUCGGAUGGAUCUGGAAUAAGCAUUUUGCCAAAUUGUCGUCCUGA